AUGCAUCUUCCACAACCUCUCAUGUUCACCUCUCUGCCAAAUGUCAUUCCAUCUCGUCAUCAUCCUCUCAAUGCUACAACCGAUCUAAUUGCUUCUCGAGAAGAGGGGAUGCAUCCUCUCUUCUCAACCUCGACGAAUCCUCAUGAUCAUAAACAAGAUGGGUCGAAUCAUCAUCUCCUUCAUCAUCCACAUUCACUCUUCGCUUGGGCCACGAGUGAUCUCACGAACUGUUGUUCCUCAAAUGCAUUGAAAGAGACUUUGAAUUCGCACUCUUCGUCGUCCUCAUCUUCGCAACCAUCUUCGCAAUAUUCGAGUCGAUCGAAUUCUCCUCCGCAGGUGUUCGGCAACAAACAAUCGCCCGAAGAGAUCUUUGAGAGCGUUGAAUCGAUGAUUCGUUCCUAUUACGUCUUGAAUCCGACGAGCCAAAGUUGUAUGAAUAACUCGUGUUCUUCCAAUUUGGAUCCAAUGUGGCAAGUGACAGGGACCCUCUCUUCCAAAGACUCUCAUGAAGCACCAACAUUGAAGGACAACUCUUCGUCCUCUCAAAUGAGUGUUGUUGAUCAUGAAGGUGUUGGACAACACACCACCAAACAACAAUUCCUUUCUCUCCUCAAUCAAACCAUGAACCAUUUAAAUCUGUCAUCCAUCUCCUCUUCCUCGUUAUUGAAUAAUAGUAUGACGAGAACUCCUAACGAGACAAGUAACACUAUUAAUUAUAACAAAAGUAAUGAGGGUGACAGUAGUGAGGAAGCCAUGUAUCACUUGAUCGAUGAAGUGCUCAAAGAUUGUCCUUCAUCGUUGGGUUUGAAAUGGUCUUCCAAUUCACCACAACCACAUCAACAACAACAACCACAACAACCACUUGUACAAACACAAGACUCCUCUUCAUCAUCCUUCAACAUGACAGCAUCCACAGCCUCGUCAGAUCUGCCAGUUCGACAACAGUCCUUCUCGGAAAAGUUUUCAUCCUAUGUAUUUGUAACAGAAUCUCAAACCUCAUCCCCUCAAUCAAGUCCAUCAUUAGCAAGCUCAACGAUGAGUUUCCACACGAAUGACAUGCCGAUGAAUGGUAAACCAAAGAAGCCUCGAAAGAAGGCUUCACUUUCGAAAACUUCAUCUUCACCCUGUUUAUCGAGCAAUUCGAACACAACAGGAGGAAAUGAUUUUUCAAAUUCUUCACCUUCACUUUGUAAAAUAUCCAAAUCAAACAAAAUGUGUGGUAACGGUUCAAGCAAUAGUUCCAGCAAUUAUCGAGUUCGAUUUGGUCAUAACAUGUUUGAAGAAAUUUCGUUUAAAAAGACAAAUCCAAAUUCAAAGUUUAUUAUUUUCAAAUAA